GCGGUUCUCGAUUUGCAUGUAUAUAUAUAUAUAGAGAGAGUGAGAGAAGGGGUUGUGUUUUUAAUUUUUAGGUAUAGAUGAUACUGGCCUUUCAUCUUCUAUAUAACCUCUCUGACUCUCUCCCUGUGUGUGUUUCUCUAAAAUGAAUCCAAUAAACAGUUGCGGCGGUAGUAGAAAGAGAGGGCAUUGGAGGCCACACGAAGAUGCAAGGCUCAAAGAGUUGGUCGCCCAAUUCGGCCCCCAAAACUGGAAUCUCAUCGCUCACAAACUGGAGGCUAGAUCAGGAAAAAGCUGCAGAUUGAGAUGGUUCAACCAGUUGGAUCCUCGAAUAAACCGAGGGGCAUUCAGCAAGGAGGAAGAAGAGAGGUUGAUGGAAGCACACACAGUUUAUGGCAACAAAUGGGCCAUGAUUGCCAGGUUAUUUCCAGGCAGAACAGACAACGCAGUGAAGAACCAUUGGCAUGUCAUCAUGGCCAGGAAACACAAACACAGGGUGGACCAAAUCAAUCUACAAAUCCCUAAUUCACAUCUCUCCUCUCUUAAACCCCUUCAACACAUUCCAAAUCACCUCAAUCAAACCUCUUCAAAUUCUCAAGAUUCUGCAUCUGAAUCAGUAGCCAACAAUCUCUCUCUCUCUGCUUGUGGGGAAUUGCAAAUGAGAUUCAUUGAUUUUCUUGGAGUGGGGGCCACUUGAGAAGAAUUUAUUUAUAUAUUUUUUUUUGGAGGACUAGCUAGCUAGGUUCCUAGUUCUAUAGAGAAGAGGAGAGAGAGGAGCAGCAAAACUAAUGAUACAAGUCUAAUUAUUGCACCUUUGUUCAGUUGCAAAUUAAAAGAGUAGGAUUUGCAGAGGUUUCUUGCGUCUCUGUUCCAAUUGUAAAUCCCUUUCAAAUAUAUUGCUUUAAUCCAUCUUUUCUGGGUGGUUUGUUGAA